AUGGCUGGCUACAAUCCAUGGAGGAUCGUUCCGGAGGAGGUUUACGACAGUUGUAAGAGACAGUACUUGGGGAAUGGACUACUGAUAGGAGGAGUAUUGCCGCUUUCAUUUGCGGAGGGAGUGCAGUUUCAGGACUUCUGUGAAGACGGGGCUCCAGUGUACAAUGCAGCAAAGAUCAAAUCUCCAUAUUUGCAUUACUCGGCUUUGAAAGUGCAAGAUUGGAAGUCGUACACGUCGGAGAGUUCCAUCGAGGACCUGAAUGGAUCGUUUGCGUAUGGGAUAUAUCCAGUGAUUCUGUGUUUUACAGCGAAUUUUGUGAUCACCGUUUUCUUGACGUUGCUAACGUUUAUCAACAUCAAGGGCAAGCGGUAUCGGCAUGCCGCGCGAUUGCUGAAAGCAGGCUCUAUGAUUUCGUCUGUGAACAUUGUUGUAUUUGUUACGAGGGCGCUGAAGCAGCUGAGCAAGGAACAUGAGGUCUACGGGGUGACCACAACGGCAGGAAUUAUGGAACUUUUCACGACCAACUUCGUCUUCUCCAUCCUGGACGUGAUAUCGGUCUUCUUGCUUCAGCUGUGUCAGGUUAUGAUAGUGAUUAGACUUUUCCAUCGGAACUCGGAAAAGCGAAUGGUGUUUUUCUUGGGCGUUCUGCUGGUCUUGAUCGCCAACGUUCUGUGGGGGGUUGCACAUCUGGCGGGCCCUAAUCAUGAGAAUGACGAGCACUGGGAGAUUAUGUCACCGUUCGUUUACCUAUUCCGCAUUGCGGUCGCGGCGUCUUACGCUAGCAUUAUCAUAUCCUAUGGCAUCAAGAAACGGCGCUUCUGUUUUGCAUCCGCUCAGAUGGCCAUCCUGACGGCACUGACCGCUCUGGUUCUGCUUUUACAACCGGCACUAUUCCUUGCAGACGUGUCCAAUGUGUGGUUGUCGGGAGUGGGUGAGCUUUUCAAUUCGACCUGCUAUGUUGGCUCAACUUCAAUUGUCUGGGAGUGGCUGGGUCGGCUGGAUGCAAGCGGGAGACGGGAAGAGGCCCGGAGUAUACUGGGAAGGCCAAUUUACGUUGAUGAUCAACAAGAUUACCACAUUGCCAAGUAUGCGCUCAGAAUUCAACAUGCACUCACACAAAAGUCUUUUGAGAAUAGCGACGAUGGUAGUGGCAUAGACAUGGAGCAGAUGUCUAACUCAUCACCACAGCUAGAUGCAGCCAGCCGAUCUAAUCAGAUAACCUCAUCUGGCGGCACGGCCGUUGGCAGUGGUUCGAUCGAGCAGGAGAGCGUUUGUCAGGUCAGGUUCAAGCAGAAACAACCUUUUAGAGAUGCUGCGAGGCACAAGAUCAGCACUGCAUGUGAAAGAAUGCUAUAUUUUGCUGAUCAAGUAAUGCUCAAGAGCUUAGGAACUUUGAGCUUAAGCUCUAAAAGUACUGAUUCAUUUAGCAGAGGGGAGGAAAUGGUCAAAAAGAGAAUAGGACUCGAUAGACCAAAUCAAGUAUACGUCUACACCACGAAAGAUGUACAUUUUGAGUCUGAUGAGGAUAUCUAG